UCUUGGGAUCCCUGUGGUAUUUCGAGGAAACAACAUGGCGAAUGUGACGAAUGAGGCAGACGAAUGGAGGACACCGCACUUUCGCCAGAAAGUGACYAACCAAAUUGACGAGGCUCUCAGGAAGUCUGGAAACCCUCAGAUGAUGACUAAAAACGCUUCGGAUAUCGAAAGAGAUGUUUAUUCCAAGGCCAAAUCAAGGGAUGAAUACAUGUGCUAUGUUGCAAGAGUUUUGGUGUUUGCCCGUGAUAUUAGUGCAGGAAGGAAUCAACCUGGCGUAAGACCUGGACUUCAACCAGGUCAACCUGGUCAAGUCAUGCCACAAAUGAAUAUUGGUCGUCAAGCUCAAAUGCAUCCAGGAAUAACAGCUCAACCAAUAAGACAAACCUAUGUCACUCAAAUAAGCACACCKCCAUCAAUGGCAGUGUCAACCGCAAAUCCUCAAUACCAGCAAGGAAAACCACAAAUGCAAUUCAAGUCAACUUUACAGCAGCAAAUGAAUGCACCAACAAUAACUAUGACACAAGCUAUGGUUAGYCAACCUCAGCAGAACUUUGCUGUUAUGAGUGGUACCCAAACAUUGCAGGUGCAACCACAACAACCCCAGAGCAUGAUGGGACCUACAGUAUCAUCUCACCAGCAGCAUCCAUCAUCACAGAUGAAUUUAUCCCACAGUCAACCAUCUUUCAGCGUGUCUUCUACAGGAUCCCACCCUAUGCAACACCCAUCACCAGUGAUGCAGACUGGAAGAGCAUCCAACCCUUCUCCUGCUGUUCCCACUGUUACUCCAUCACCUGCCUUUAAUCCUUUACAUUCACCUGCACCAACAGCUCAACUUGGAAUGACUCCAUCACCACAGCCGUUUGUGGCUCAAUCACCAGCACCCCAGUCAGUACCAACACCAGGAAUACCAAAUGUCCAGUCACCUGCCUCAAUAUUGAAUGGCCCAGCAUCAGUUGGGCCRCCAGUUACCAGUCCUGCUCCACUAAGUGCAGCUGAAGAGCAAGCUUACUUAGAAAAGCAUAAACAGCUAUCUAUGUAUAUUGAACCAUUGACAAGAAUGAUUAACAGAAUGAACAGAGAUCAAGAGCACAGUAAACACAGUACCAAUGACCUUAAGAAGCUGAAAAACUUCUUGGACAUUUUAGAAAAUCCUGCAAGAAGGGUAUCCCUCAAUGUUCUUGAAAGAUGUGAACAAGUUUUAAAAAAAUUGAAUUUAAAACCACCCACACAGCGAACAGGAACUACAAUAUCUCCAUCACCGAGURCAGCUGUGCAAAGUACAACAAAAUCAAGUACAACAGUCAUGUCAACCACUACUAAACCAUUUGCAUUCCCAUCAGAAGAGCAACUAAGUGGACAGGCAUUGCUGGAUACUGUUGUCAAACACCUCAAGUCUCCACUGUUUUCACACACACUYAAGAGAACAUUUUCUCCAAUAGUACAAGCCAUGGAAGGCCCUCCCAUAUGUCCCCCUCCUCCACCAAGUAAGAAGUUGCGAGUGACUGAAAUAACAACCAAGAAAUGCCCAUUACCUCAUAYAUUACAAGGAGAACUGGCUCGACUUUGUGAUAGAUUUACUGUCAGACCUGAAGUGGAUAGUUCUAACAGUCAGAGCUCAAUGUUGCUCACUUGUUCUAUACAGGAUGCCCUUCUGCCUGCUGUUCCUCCAAUUGAGGUCACUGUACCCCAGAAUUAUCCUCAUUCAAGCCCUGCUUGUAAGACAAAGGCUUAUGAAACAACGCCAUUCCUUCUCAAGAUACAGAGUCAGUUGCUAUCUGAAUUACGUAGGAUGCCAGGCUUUUAUUCUGUUACAUCACUCUUAAAUGCAUGGGAAGCAAGCAUAAGACUGGCAUGUUUAUCUGAAGUAACAGUGAAAUGAUGCAUUAUGGGACACUUCAGGAUAAAUCUUGUGAACCUUUGAAUAGCGUAAUAUUACACAGCAUAAAAUGUAUUGGACUGUCACAACACUGUAGGUAUUUUGAUAAAGUAUUUUACUUUCCUAUAUGCAAUAUAGUAUUUGUAAGUGAAUUCAACUAAAACUAUGUUAUCAUUGCAACAAUUUGUCUAGAAUGAAAUUGUGUUAAAGAAAAAAAUAAACAAUGUUAUAACUCGA